AUGAGUCUUACAAAAUAAGAAAAACUUGAUACAAAGAGAAUCAGAAUAUCAGCAAAAAAGAUCCCAUAUGCUACAUUCCUAAAAAACAAUAAAUUUACAUGCUUAAUUAAUGAAAAUCAAAAUUUUCCAUCAUAAGAGUCCCUUGAUAAAUCUAAGAAUAAUUGUGUUUCAACAGAUAUAAAAUAAAAGAAAGAUCAUAAAUUUUAUUCUAAUUAUCUUGGUUAAAACAAUCGAUGGAUUUCAAAAUUGUUUUUUUUACAUUACACUUCUUAUGCUUUACUCUUAAAAAGCGAAGUUUUAAACAAAAGACUUAAAAUUACAGAUAAACAUCUACCAAAAUUAUCUCCUGAAGAUGAUUUAUUUGAAUAAGUAUAAAAUUCAUAAAACAGAAUUUAAAAAUUAAACCUAAUAAGUUUUUCAACAUUAGUUAAGCUGAUAUUUUUUAAUGAAUUGAAAUGGAUAACAGGAAAAUGCAUUGUAGCAUAUGUCAUAGAAUCAAUUUCAAAAAAUGGAAUUUCUUUUAUAAUGAGUUUUGUCAUAGUUAGUGUAUCACAACAUGAUUAUGAUAAUGCUCAUUAUUAUGGAAUGAUACUAGUAAUAUUAAAUUUGAUAUGUUUAUUGAGUAGACAUCAUGCUGCCAAUUAUUCAGUUAUAUUUUCUACGAAAGCUCGUCUAAGUUUAAUAAAUUUAGUAUAUAUAAAAUUGAUUGGAUUGAAUUCUUAUUCUUUUAAAAAAGCAAAUAUAGGUAAGAUAUUAAAUAUAGUAUCUGGAGACAUUAAUACAUUAGAAUAAAUGUUUAGUAUGAUAUUUCCAAGUAGUGUUGUAAUUAUCUCAAUGUUUUUUGCUUGUUUUAUAUUAUGGAAUAGAUUUGAUGGUAUUAUUGGUUUAUUGGCAGUUCUAUUAUUAUUUCUUGCUUAUCCUAUUUAAAUCAUAAUAUAAUCAUUCAAUUAAGAAACCUUAAAAAAAGCUAAGCUUAAUUAAGAUUCUAGAUUAAGAAUUACUAAUCAAUUCAUAGAAGGAAUUAGAUUAAUUAAAAUGUAAGCUUGGGAAAAAGCUUUUUAAAAAAUGAUAUUUGGGAUUAGGCAACUAGAAUAUUUUAAUUUAUUAAUAAUACUUAUAAGGACAGCAGUAGAUAGAUUAUUUUCUCAAACUUCCCACAUUUGGACAAGUCUAUUAUUUUUUAUUCUAUUAUAUUAUGGGGAUUUUAGAAAUGGAAUGAGAAUGGCUGAGAUGAUUUCUACAUUAUAACUUUUAAAUGUAUUAAGAGUUUCAUGUAUCUAUAUGGUUUCAAAUGGAAUAUAAGCUUUUAUUUAAAUUAAAGUUACUUUUGAAAGAAUUUCAAACAUUUUGAAUCUAUAAAAUUUUGAUAUGCAUAAAAUUGAUGAUUAUUAAUUUGAAAAAUAAAAUAACAAUGAAAAAGAACAUAAUAGAAUAUAAUUAAUAAAUUUUAGUGCAUAUUGGACACAUUAAGUAUCUGAUUAUGAUAAAGCAAUUUUAAAAGACUUGAAUUUAAAUAUUAAAGAAGGUGAAUUAUGGGCAAUUAUUGGUAGAGUUGGAUGUGGGAAAUCCACUCUUUUACAUUCAUUAUUAUGUGAAAUUCCAGCUUAUAAAGGAAUCAUGUUGUUUGAUGGAUAAAAACCAUAAUAAAACAAAUUAACAAUUGGUUAUGUUGAAUAAGAACCUUUUUUAUUUCCAGAUACUAUAAGAAAUAAUAUUCUAUUUGGAAAAACAUAUGAUAAAACUUUAUAUUAAAAAGUUACUUAAGUUGCAUAAUUAGAAUCUGAUUUUGAAUUAAUGAAAUUUAAAGAUUAAACUGAAAUUGGAGAAAGAGGUAUUACACUUUCAGGAGGAUAAAAAGCAAGAAUCUCUUUAGCCAGAGCUUUAUAUUAAAUACCUGAUUUAUAUUUAUUUGAUGAUCCUUUAUCUGCUGUUGAUGCUAGUGUUGCUUAAAAUAUAUUUACAAUUGCUAUUAAAUAAUUCAUUUUUGAAUAUUAAAUGACUAUUAACCCUAAUAAACCAAAACCUAUUGUUAUUUUAGCAACUCAUUAAAUUUAAUAUGCAAUCAAAUGUGAUAAAAUUGCUAUCUUAAGUAAUGGAGAAUUAAUUGCUAAGGGCUCUUAUGAACAAAUCAAAUUCCAUUUAGAAAUGAUUAAUAAUGAUUUAGCUCAAUAAUUAGAUAAAACUUAAGAUGAAACUACAAAUUAAAAUAUUUUAGAAAAAUAACCUAUAAAUAAGAAAAAAGAGGAAAUUAAUUUGAUUUAAACUAGAAAUUUAACUGUUUUGGAAUCAGAUACAUAAUAAAUUAUUGAUUUAUCGGUUUAUUUUAGAUAUUUUAAAAAUUGGAAAGGCUAGGCUUUUAUUUUUGUUUUAGUUUUGGAGAUUAUAUAUGAAAUUUGUAAAAUUUUUUAUUAAAGAAUUAUCUCAUAAUUUGAAACUUAUGAAAAAAAUGGUUAGACUAAUUUUAUUUUUUUAAUGUUGUCUUGUUUAGUUAUUGGAUUAAUGGUUUGUAGUUUUAUUAAGUAUAUUAUUAGUAUUAAAUAAGUUUAAUCAACAACAUAAACCAUUCAUAAUCAAAUGAUUAAUUCUAUUUCAUAAGCUCCAAUAUCAUAUUUUGAUAUAAAUCCUUCAGGAAGAAUUAUUAAUAGAUUUUCCAACGAUUUAUCUUUAUGUGAUAAUUCAACAAACUUAGUUUGUUUAGAUAUUUUAGAAAUGAUAGGAAAUUUCUUUAUUGCUUUGAUAACCUUGGCUUUUUUAUAACCAUAUUUUAUUUUUGUUAUAUUCUUUAUAAUAGCCUUAAACCUUUAUCAAUAUAAUUUUUACAAUUAAAUUGUGAGUUAAUUGAAAGAAAAUGAAUUAAUUUAAAGAAGUCCAUUGUUUGAUUUUAUAAAAAAAACAUUAGGAGGUUCAAUUCAAAUUAAGGUUUAUAAAUAAUAAAACUAAUUUAAGAAACAAUUUUUAGAUUUAUCAAAUAUCUAUAAUUUAAAUGCUUUAACUUAUUUUUAUUAAACAAGAUCAUUUUGUUUUAAUAUAGAUUUUAUUGGAUUUAUUGCAUCCUCAAUCAGUUUAUUCAUAUUUUUAAAUAUGAAUUAUGAGGAUGUAGCUGUUUUCUCAUAAGGUGUAUUAUUAUUAACUACAUAUAAUGAUGGUUUAUCAUUAGGAUUAAAAUAAUUGAUAAAUUUUGCAACAUAAAUGAGUUCGUAUAAUAGAAUGUUCUAAAUAAUAGAUGUUGAAUCAGAGGCACCUUAAGUUAAAGAAGAAGAUUCAAAAUUAUCAAAUUUUCCAGAAUCAGGUAAUAUUAAAUUUGAUAAUGUUUAUAUGAGAUAUAGAUAGAAUUCAGAUUUAGUAUUAAAAGGAUUAACAUUCGAAAUAAAAAGUGGAUAAAAAAUUGGUUGUGUUGGUAGAACAGGAGCUGGGAAAUCUUCAAUCUUAUAAGCAAUUUUUAGAAUGAAUGAAAUUGAAGAUUAGUAAGGAUCCAAAAUAGAAAUUAGUGGAAUUAAUAUUAAAUUAUUAGGAUUAUAAAAAUUAAGAAGUAGUAUUGGUAUUAUUCCAUAAUCUCCAUUCUUAUUUAAUGGAAGUCUUAGAUCAAAUUUAGACCCAUUUGAUUAGUAUGACGACUAAGCUAUUUAGUAAGCAUUAUAAGUUUCAGGAUUAUAUGAAUAUACUAAAUCUUUUUCCAAUGGUUUAUUAACAGAUAUCAGUGAUAUUAAUUCAUUAUUUUCUGUUGGAUAAAAAUAAUUAAUUUGCUUAGCUAGAAUUUUAUUAUAUAAAAAAAAGAUCAUUGUUUUAGAUGAAGCAACUGCUAAUCUGGAUAUGAAAACGGAUGAUUUCAUUUAAAAUACGCUUAAAUAAUAACUUAAAGAUUGUACACUUAUUACUAUUGCACAUAGAUUAAAUACUAUUGCUGAUUAUGACAAAGUUUUGGUCAUUGAAAAUGGAAAUGUUAUAGAAUUUGAUGAACCAUUUAAUCUCUUAGCAUAAUCUCUAAAUUCAAUAAAUAUUGAUAAACAAACUUACUUUUCUAAACUUGUAUUGAAUACUGGGCAAUCUAAUUCUCAAGCUAUUUUUGAUAUUGCUAAAAAUAAAUCGACUCGAAGAUAACAUUGA